ACGAUGUCGUUUCAUCACUCGAUAGGGCCUCCAUCACUUGGACCUCGGCUGCAUCAAGCACCAUCCUAAUAUUCCACUAGGAUAAACCCAGAAACAACCCGUUUCCCACAUCGGUUUGACCGAUUUCCGCCUCUCAUGCCCUUUUGUCUCUUCCCCCUUGGCCUUCUAUGGUCGGGGCUAUUUGAAGCCGGUGAUGUUGUACAUUAUAACUUAGGCCCUCCACCUCAUUUCCACUGAAACUCACUGUUGUUCCAGCCUGCUGUCGGAUAAGCUCUUCAUCGUUCUUCAAAUCACAACGAUCUACUUUUCUCGUGAUACUCAAGCUCUCUCUCAUUUUGUCAGUAUUUUGUGCACUUUGAUAAUGUGUGAGAGCUGCUUUUGGUUUGUAAUUGCGAGCGAAAAUAGCAAACUUGUAAUUUGGCUGCCCAAUUGCAGAUUCAAUUGUCUAACCGGGGUUCUGUUUAAAAAAUGAUACAGGAACUGUGAGAUGUAUUGAGGUGUUUGGUUGGGUUUUCUUUAUGGUUAUUUUGUAGUAUAAUGAGGGGCGGCAUGGGCACUGAGAAGUGGUUCAGUAGUUUGUGGAGGACUUCACGUAAAAAAGUGGCUGAACCUGACAAGAGAAUCAUAGGAAUUUUGGCAUUUGAAGUUGCAAGUUUGAUGUCUAAGGUGGUUAAUUUGUGGAAUGGUUUGAGUGAUAGAGAACUUGAUAGGUUGAAAGAAGAAAUUUUGAACUCACUUGGGAUCAGAAAGCUUCUAUCUGACGAUGAUAGUUAUCUUAUGGGUCUUGCACUUGCUGAAAUAAUUGAAAAUUUGGAGUUUGUGAUGAGGUCCACAGCUAGGCUUGGGAAGAGGUGCACGAACCCAAGGUUUCAGCAUUUUGAAUGUUAUUUUGAUGACUCAAUUCAGAAUGAUGUUGCAUGGUGUGGGUGGGAGUAUAAAUGGAAGAAGAUGGACAGGAAAGUAAAGAAAAUGGAGAGAUUUGUUGCGGUUACCUCACAACUGUAUCAAGAGGUGGAAGUGUUGGCAGAGCUUGAACAGGCAUUGAGGAGAAUGCAGGGAAAUAUGGAUUUGGAUCGGGUGAAAUUGCUGGAGUUUCAGCAGAAGGUUAUGUUGCAGCGUCAUGAAGUGAGAAAUCUAUGUGAGAUGUCUCCGUGGAGUAGAUCGUAUGAUCACACUGUCCGGCUUCUGGUAAGAUCAGUUUUUACCAUCCUUGAGAGGAUCAAAUAUAUCUUUGGGACUGACCAAAUGGCAAAGGAGGAGGGAAGCGAUGUCUGUGAUCCCAAAAAUACUGAUUUGCUUACUCGCAGUCAUUCAAUUUCAGCUCUAAUGCAACCUUCAAUUCAUCCAUCUGAGCACAACUCAUCAAGGUUUUAUUCAGGACCUCUUGGCAGGUCAGCUUCCAGGUCAUGGCUAGCGUCUGACAAGGAACGGGCAGAUCAUGAUCAGUCACUUGCUCAUUUGGGAAAGCACUCACAUUUGAAAACCAAAAAAUUGACUUCUGUUGGACCUUUCAGAGGAUGCAUGAAUGGUGGAAAUGAUUCUCCUAUCCUACAGAGCUGUACGACGCUAAGCAAUGGCUCUCUGAAGUCGAAUGGUAUUUGUUCAAAAAAUAUUGAUGUAGUGAAAGGUUCCAACACAGAGUCUCUUUUUCACAGCAAGAGAAGUCAUACUAAGGUACCAAUUUUCAAUUCUAAGUGUAGGUUGUCAAAUGCACCUGCAUCUACUCUUGGAGAUGCUGGUUUGGCUCUUCACUAUGCAAAUGUUAUUAUAUCAAUUGAGAAGCUAGCUUCAUCUCCUCACUUGAUUGACCUUGAUACAAGAGAUGACCUCUAUGAUUCAUUACCGACAACUGUGAGAGCCUCUCUAAGGACAAAGCUAAAGUUAUAUGCCAAAAAUUUGGCUUCAACUGUUUAUGAUGCUGCUCUUGCAUCAGAUUGGAGUCUGGCAUUGGCAAGGAUAUUAGAAUGGCUAGCUCCACUUGCUCAUAACAUGAUAAGGUGGCACUCUGAGCGGAGCUUUGAGAAGCAGCAUAUGGUUUGCAAGACCAAUGUGCUUCUGGUGCAGACCCUCUAUUUUGCAAAUCAAACAAAGACAGAAGCUUCUAUUACGGAACUUCUUGUUGGUCUGAACUAUAUGUGGAGGUUUGGAAGAGAACUUGAUGAAAGAGCCUCACUGGAGUCCGUUGGCAGCAAAGCUCAUGCUGAUUAUUUGCUCCCAAGGGUUUAAUAACAUUGCUUGCAAUCUUUGAAUUGUGAUCUAUCACAAAAGAUUUCUUGCUUCCUAUGAUAAAAGAUGAUUGAGAUCAUUGGGUUUGAGUAGUCGGCAACACUUCUGUAAGGCUACUUAUGUUUUGGAUGCAGCUUGGCCAACAGUGCUCCCUGCUCGGCUAUUUGGGCAUUGCUGUUUCUUAUACUUCGGAAUCCUUGUCAUUGAGAGAGCAUUUUCUGAUGCUUAAGGUACUGUAUGGAGCAUCCAAACAGUUAUUUGUUCCUCCUAUUUUGAGUUAAAUUGUUAUGUUGGCAUCCACAAAUUUUAUUUGUAUAAAGAAUGAAUUUAGAACUCACAGCCACAUCCUUGUAAAGAAUAGCAGCUCGCCUUUGUCCUAUUAAUGGUUUAUAUUCAGAAUAUCAAUCCUUUAGCAUACUCGUUGAUUUAUCA